AUGGAAACGCGGCGGCCCCGGCGCGGCGGGAAGAAGCGUUUCCUCCUCCCGCUCGCGCUCCUCUGCCUCGCCGUGCUGCUCCCCGGCGCGCUGCUCCCGCCGUCCGCCUCGGCGUCGUCCUCGUCGCCGGCCGCGGGAGGUGGCAGCAGGAAGCGGCGGUGGGUUGGGUUUGACUACUAUGUACUGGCGCUGCAGUGGCCGGGCACCAUGUGCCGCGAGACCAGCAACUGCUGCGACACCAAUGGCUGCUGCCGAUCGAAGCCUCUCAAAUGGUUCACGAUUCAUGGUCUCUGGCCACAGUACAACUAUGGGGGCUGGCCAUCAUGCUGCAGACCAACCAAAUUCAACAUAAAUAAGAUAUUAAUGUUGAUGCCAAUACUCGAGAAGUACUGGCCGUCCUUGUACUGCGGUUCUUCUUCAACAUGCUUUGGUGGAAGGGGGCCAUUUUGGGUGCAUGAGUGGGAAACUCACGGGACUUGUGCUUACCCUGAAAUACAGGAUGAAUAUGACUACUUCUCUACAGCAUUGUAUCUCUACAGCAAAUACAAUGUUACGAAAGCCCUGAGGAAAGCACGUAUCCGGACUACAAGCGGCAGAAAAUACGCCGUUGGCCAUAUUGUUGCUGUCAUUGAAUAUGCAUUCGGGGCAAUGCCAUCACUUGUCUGUAAGAACGGAUUAGUUCAAGAACUCAGGCUCUGCUUCCACAAGGAUUAUCAGCCUCGUGACUGCACGCUUGAGACUGGCACUGCACCGAACAGCAGAAGCUACUGCCCUCUCUACGUCACGUUCCCGUCGUAUAAACCCUCUGUGAUGGCCAAUGCCACGGAGGGGAUCAGUAACCAAGCGUCCAAGCCAAUGGCGAGCUACUCUGAGCAGCGUCCAGGACUCCAGGUUCUGAAAUGA